GUUUCUCCAUCAUAUCUUUUUUUUGGUCUCUCUAAAAAAACAAUCCUUUGUUACUGUUGCAUAUGGUUCCACAAAGCAAAAAGUUUGAGUAAUGGAAGGAAGUGAUAUAUACAGAGGAAGCAAUAGUCUAAGAUCAACUAGUUUUAGACUUAGGAGAAACAGAACCACAAGCUCAGAAAACGUUUUCUCAAAGGCAUCAUCAUGUGAAGAAGAAGAUGAUGAAGAAGCUCUUAAAUGGGCCUCACUUGAGAAGCUACCAACAUAUGAUCGUUUGAGGAAAGGGUUAUUAGCCACAUCUAGAGGUGUGGCUAAUGAGAUUGACAUCAAUGAGCUUGGAUUCCAAGAUAGGCAGAAGCUUCUAGAUAGAUUGGUCAAGGUUGCUGAAGAGGAUAAUGAGAAGUUCUUGUUGAAACUCCGAGAAAGGAUUGAUAGGGUUGGGCUUAACAUUCCAACAGUUGAAGUUCGAUUUGAACACCUUAAUGUUGAGGCUGAAGUUCUUGUGGGGAGUAGAGCUAUGCCUACUUUUCUAAACUUUGCUAUUAAUCUAGUGGAGAGUGUUUUGACUUUUCUACACAUAAUGUCAAGCAAAAAGAAACAAGUGACUAUCUUCAAAGAUGUUAGUGGAAUCAUUAAACCUAAUAGGAUGACAUUGCUUCUUGGUCCUCCAAGUUCUGGAAAAACCACUCUUCUUCUAGCCUUAUCAGGAAAGCUUGAUCCAAGUCUCAAGGUAUCUGGGAGAGUGAGUUAUAAUGGGCAUGAAAUGAACGAGUUUGUACCUCAAAGAACUGCUGCAUAUAUUAGUCAACAUGAUGUUCAUAUUGGAGAAAUGACUGUUAGAGAAACGUUGACUUUCUCAGCAAGGUGCCAAGGAGUUGGAUCACGUUAUGACUUGCUAUCUGAAUUGUCUAGAAGAGAGAAGGAAGCAAAGAUUAAACCUGACUCAGAUAUUGAUGUCUACAUGAAGGCAACUACAAUUGGAGGACAAGAAGCAAGUUUGGUAACAGAUUAUGUACUAAAGAUUCUAGGGUUGGAUAUUUGUGCCAAUACCAUGGUAGGGAACGAAAUGUUGCGUGGUAUAUCAGGAGGACAACGAAAGCGAGUUACUAUAGGGGAGAUGCUGGUUGGACCGGCAAAUGCUUUGUUUAUGGAUGAAAUCUCAACCGGUUUGGAUAGCUCCACAACUUUUCAGAUUGUGAACUCUUUAAAGCAAUAUGUUCACAUUCUUAAUGGAACCGCAUUCAUCUCUUUACUACAACCCACACCGGAGACUUAUCAACUUUUUGAUGACAUUGUUUUGAUCUCUGAUGGUGAAAUUAUUUACCAAGGACCCCGUCAACAUGUUCUUGAUUUUUUUCAAUGUAUGGGUUUUAAUUGUCCUGAAAGGAAAAGUGUUGCUGAUUUUCUUCAAGAAGUAACUUCUAAAAAGGAUCAAGAGCAAUAUUGGUCACAAAGAGAUAAACCUUAUAAUUUCAUAUCUGCUACUCAAUUUGCCGAGGCAUUUCAAUCAUUCCACGUUGGCAAGGGAAUGGUUGAUGAACUUUCAAUUCCAUUUGACAAGUCUAUGAAUCACAGAGCUGCAUUAACCACAAAAAAAUAUGGUACUAAUUUGAUGGAACUAGUAAAGGCUAACAUCUCAAGGGAGUAUUUGCUCUUGAAAAGAAAUUCAUUUGUUUAUAUCUUCAAGUUGAGCCAGGUUACGAUGAUUGCAAUAAUUACUAUGACUCUGUUUCUACGAACAAAGAUGCACCGAGAAUCUAUUGAUGAUGGAAGUGUUUAUUUUGGUGCUUUAUAUUUCUCACUAUCAAUGCUAACAGUACUUGGAAUAUCUGAAAUUUCAAUGGCGAGUGCAAAGCUUGCAGUUUUGUACAAGCAAAGGGAUCAUCUAUUUUAUCCUUCAUGGGCAUAUGCCAUACCCACUUGGAUCCUUAAGAUCCCUUUAUCAUUUCUUGAUGUUGCUAAUUGGGUCUUCCUCACAUACUAUGUAAUUGGAUAUGAUUCAAAUGUUGCCAGAUUCUUCAAGCAAUAUUUGGUGCUGUUCCUAACCAGCCAAAUGGCUUCUGGACUGUUCCGAGCAGUUGCUGCCUUGUCUAGGAAUAACGUGAUUGUGGCCAACACAUUUGGGGCAACUAUAGGUGUUAUAAUUUUGCUAUUGGGUGGCUUCAUUUUAUCCAGAAAAAACAUCAAAGAUUGGUGGAUUUGGGGGUAUUGGAUUUCACCUAUCACGUAUGGUCUAAAUGCAAUAAUGGUGAAUGAAUUUCUCGGAAAAAGUUGGCACAAGUUUACACAAAAUUCCAACAAGACACUAGGAGUUCAAGCUCUGGAGUCUCAUGGGUUCUUCACGCAUGCUUAUUGGUAUUGGAUUGGCGUUGGGGUAUUGAUUGGAUAUAUUUUUCUCUUCAACAUUCUAUACACCAUGGCUCUCACUUAUCUCACUCCGUUUGAGAAUCAACGAGCAACAAGAAUUGAAGAGGAAGAAGGCAAUGCAACUAAUGAUAUAGCUCAAGAAGUUGAAUUGCCACAUAUAGAAGGUUCAAGAAGAGUUAAUGCUUCCAACAAUAGUAGCAACGGAAGAAGGAGAAAAGGCAUGGUUCUUCCAUUUGAACCACAUUCUAUCACCUUUGAUGAAGUUGUCUACUCCGUUGAUAUGCCACAGGAAAUGAAGGAUCAAGGUGUAACAGAAGAUAGGUUAGUGCUUCUUAAGGGUGUUAGUGGUGCAUUUAGGCCUGGUGUGCUCACAGCCUUGAUGGGUGUAACUGGAGCCGGAAAAACCACCUUAAUGGAUGUUCUAGCUGGUAGGAAAACCGGUGGAUACAUUGAUGGAAGCAUAAAAAUUUCUGGAUACCCUAAGAAGCAAGAAACAUUUGCUAGAAUCUCGGGUUAUUGCGAACAAAAUGAUAUCCACUCUCCUCAUAUUACUGUCUAUGAGUCCUUAUUUUACUCGACAUGGCUUCGUUUAUCAGUAAAAAUUGAUUCUAACGAUAAAAAAAUGUUUAUUGAAGAAGUAAUGGAGCUUGUGGAAUUGAACUUGUUGAGAAACUCACUAGUUGGGUUACCUGGAGUAAGUGGACUCUCAAUUGAACAACGCAAGAGAUUAACUAUAGCGGUUGAAUUAGUGGCUAAUCCAUCUAUAAUUUUCAUGGAUGAGCCUACUUCUGGUUUAGAUGCUAGAGCUGCCGCCAUUGUUAUGAGAACUAUUAGAAAUAUUGUUGAUACUGGACGAACAAUUCUUUGCACCAUUCAUCAGCCCAACAUCGACAUAUUUGAAGCUUUUGACGAGUUAUUUCUAUUGAAACGUGGAGGACAAGAAAUAUAUGUUGGACCAUUGGGUCAUCAUUCAAGCCAAUUGAUCAGGUAUUUUGAGAGCAUUGAUGGAGUUACUAAAAUCAAAGAUGGUCAUAACCCAGCAACUUGGAUGCUAGAAGCUACAAGUUCAGCAAAAGAGCUUAAUCUCGGUGUUGAUUUUCAUGAGAUAUACAAAAAUUCUGAUUUGUACAGGAGGAACAAGGAGAUGAUAGCAGAAUUGGGAAACCCUGGUCCUGAUUCAAAUGAUCUUCAUUUCCCUAAUAAAUAUGCACAGCCAUUUUGGGUGCAGUUCCUAGCAUGCUUAUGGAAGCAACAUUGGUCAUAUUGGCGCAAUCCAUCAUAUACAGCCAUAAGAUUUUUUACCACUAUUAUCUUAGCCUUCAUAUUUGGAACUAUAUUUUGGAACCUUGGAGGCAAAUACUCAAACAAGCAAGAUCUAUCAAACGCCAUGGGCUCAAUAUACAUUGCUGUCCUCUUUCUAGGGUUACAGUAUGCAUCUUCUGUACAACCAGUGGUAGCAAUUGAAAGAGUUGUCUUUUAUAGAGAAAAUGCUGCUGGAAUGUAUUCUGCUUUACCCUAUGCAAAUGCACAAGUCUUGAUAGAGCUUCCAUAUAUCUUAGCCCAAGCUACAAUCUAUGGUGUCAUGACUUAUGCCAUGAUUGGAUUUGAGUGGACUCCAGGAAAAUUCUUUUGGUAUUUGUUUUUCAUGUACUUUGCAUUUUGCUACUACACUUUCUAUGGCAUGAUGACUGUGGCAUUAACACCAAACCGCCAUGUUGCUUCCAUUGUGGCUUCUUCAUUUUAUGCAAUAUGGAACCUAUUUUCAGGAUUUAUCAUUCCACCACCUAGGAUCCCAGUGUGGUGGAAGUGGUACUAUUGGGCAUGUCCUGUGUCAUGGACCUUAUAUGGAACAGUUGCAUCACAAUUUGGAGACAUAACUCAUAUAAUGGAAUCAGAACAUGUUUCAGUGCAAGACUUCAUAAGAAGUUAUUAUGGCUUCAAACAUGAUUUCGUAGGAGUUUGUGCAAUUGUGGUUUUUGGGUUUGCAAUGUUAUUUGCGCUCAUUUUUGCCAUUGCAAUCAAGGUCCUAAACUUUCAAAGACGAUAG